CACGGUUUUGACCAAAAAAAAAAAAAGAAAAAGAAAGAAAAUUAUUUCGUUUUUUUAAAAGAAAAAAAGAAAAAGAAAAAACUAUUUUCCCAUUGUAAAAUUUGUAUUUUAUUUUCCGGGAAAAUGAAAUGAAAUUAGAUCGGACCGAUCCACCAAUGAGAAAGCUCCUCAAGAACUCUGAAAGAAAAAUUUGAAACUCAAAACCAAAUACCAAAUACCAAUUUUUUCUCUCUCUAUUUCCUUUUCUUUCUCUUCAAUCAUUCCCAUUUGGUCUGAGUCUAUAAUUUUUUGUUCUUCUUCCUUUUGAUCCAACGGGAGGGAAAGUGUUUGUGACCCAGAAGCCCAAAUUGAUAGAUAGUUUUGUAGAAUCAAAGAGAGGAGAAGAAGAAGAAGGGAAGAAAAAAAUAAAGGAACCCAGCUGUUGAAUCUGGCAAAUGCGGUCUUGGAGAAGGCCGCAACGAGAAAAAAAGCAGGGGAAGAAUAGAUCUGAAUUGGGUUUUGAAUCAGGGAGGCAUUGUCGGUAGUCGGUGGAUGAUUUGGGCAAGUGGGUUUGGAUCUGAUGGUGGUGAGUUUGAGGCUAUGGACGUUGUUGUUGGAAGAUAUUGUUAUAGUUUCGAGUUGGGGCGUUGGUUCAAUUUGUGCUAGCGUGAAGAAGGGGCUGCGUAAACGACGAUGCAGCUUCGCUUCUCGCCUAGUAUGAGAAGUAUCACGAUCUCAAGCACCAAUGGCUUUAUUGACUUGAUGAAGAUCAAGGUCGCAGCUCGCCAUAUCUCUUACAGAACCCUUUUCCACACCAUUCUUAUUCUUGCUUUCUUGCUGCCCUUUGUCUUCAUUCUUACUGCAGUUGUUACCCUUGAAGGUGUCAACAAGUGCUCUUCAUUUGAUUGUUUAGGUAGGCGGUUGGGACCAAGGCUUCUUGGUAGAGUUGAUGAUUCCGGGCAGAAACUUGUCAGAGACUUCUACACGAUUCUUAACCAAGUAAACACUGAAGAUAUCCCUACUGAUUUAAAAUUGCCAGAUUCAUUUAGUCAUCUUAUUUCUGAAAUGAAGGACAACCAAUAUGAUGCAAAGACCUUUGCUUUCAUGUUAAGGGCAAUGAUGGAGAAACUUGAAAAGGAGAUGAGAGAGUCUAAGUUUGCUGAGCUGAUGAACAAACAUUUUGCUGCAAGUUCCAUACCUAAAGGGAUCCAUUGUCUUUCUCUGCGUUUGACUGAUGAAUAUUCAUCCAAUGCUCACGCACGCAAACAGUUGCCUCCUCCUGAGUUACUACCUUUGCUCUCUGACAACUCUUACCACCAUUUUAUCCUGGCAACCGAUAACAUUUUGGCAGCUUCAGUUGUUGUUACUUCUGCUGUCCAGUCAUCUAAAGUUCCCGAGAAGAUAGUUUUUCAUGUCAUUACUGACAAGAAAACUUAUGCGGGUAUGCACUCAUGGUUUGCUCUAAACCCUGUAUCCCCUGCCAUUGUCGAGGUCAAAGGUGUACACCAGUUUGACUGGUUAACAAGAGAAAAUGUUCCUGUGCUUGAAGCUGUAGAGAACCAAAAUGGGAUAAGAAAUUAUUAUCAUGGGAAUCAUGUGGCAGGGGCCAAUCUCAGUGAUACAACUCCUCGAACCUUUGCUUCUAAAUUGCAGGCUAGAAGUCCGAAGUAUAUAUCCUUGCUCAACCAUCUGCGAAUCUAUCUGCCAGAGUUAUUUCCGAACCUCGACAAGGUUGUAUUUUUGGAUGACGAUAUUGUGAUCCAGCAAGAUUUGACGCCACUUUGGGAAAUUGACCUCCAAGGAAAGGUUAAUGGAGCUGUAGAAACUUGUAGAGGAGAAGAUGAGUGGGUAAUGUCUAAGCAUUUCAGGAAUUACUUCAAUUUUUCCCAUCCCCUUGUAGCAAAGAAUAUAGAUCCUGAAGAAUGUGCAUGGGCUUAUGGAAUGAAUAUCUUUGAUCUUAAGACUUGGAGGAAGACAAAAAUUAGAGAAACAUACCAUUACUGGCUUAGAGAGAAUCUGAAGUCAAACCUGACAAUGUGGAAGCUUGGAACACUACCACCAGCUUUAAUAGCAUUUAGAGGUCAUGUUCAUCCAAUAGACCCAUCUUGGCACAUGCUCGGAUUGGGGUAUCAAAAUAAAACCAACAUUGAGAGAGUUAAAAAGGCUGCAGUUAUCCACUACAAUGGCCAGUCAAAACCAUGGUUGCAAAUCGGUUUCGAGCACCUUCGGCCGUUUUGGACAAAGUAUGUCAACUACUCCAAUGAUUUUAUCAGGAACUGCCACAUCAUGGAUUCAUAGUUGACAAGCUGGAAGAGCUAAAGCAAGAUACCGGAAAAUGGAAGAAGAAAGCAGUUGAUACAGGUUUCAUGUUAGUUUUUGCAGCAAGACGACAAUCAGAGUAUUGUCAAAAGGGCAAAAGUUCCCCUGCUCAAUAUGUAUGUCAUCCCUUCCACAUCUGCAGACAAUGACCAGCAUCCUCUGUCACAGGCAUAUGAGAUUCAUUCUUUCAAUCUGUAUCAUAGAAAUCCGUCUAUUUUUUUGGUUGGAGAAGGAUAUAGUAUUAUUGGUCUUCCCAUUGGGGGGGUUUUGCUUGAUAUUUUUUAGCGCAUAUUUCAGAAUAAAGUGAGAUACUGAAGAUUAAAGCCUGUGUCAACUCCAUUAUGCUGAUUGAUUGGGUGCAAGGAAGAGGAAGGUUAAGUUCUUUUGACAGGCUCCUCCAUUUGCUCAACUCAAAUAUUAUGUUUUUGCCCCUCAAAUUUUUUCCCCCCACUUUAAAUUUUUUUUCUUGUUUCAUUUUUGUUAGUACCCCCAUAUCUUCCCCCCCCUUUAUUUGAUAUCAGCAUCUUUGCAAAUUUGGGAGUAGUUCCCUAAGUUUUGCUUUGUUAAAGAUCCCAUUGAAAUGGGGAGAGCUCUACUUAGAACAUAUAUUGUUAUUUGUUAUGUACGAUUCACCAUAGACAUUUGAAAUGUGCAGAAAUUCUUUACCUCC